ACACAGAGUCGAGCACGCGCACACAGGUUCAUGCAGAUAGAAGAGACGGAGUCACACAGGCAGAGGAUCAUAUGCCGACACAUCACCCCACGUUUUUAUACUAACACGCUGCAGCUUUGUAUAGCGUAAAUCAACACCUUUUUAAAUCUUUAUUCUGUGUCACCAUUUGAAACUUUCGUAUGCCUAGUGUUUAUUUAAAUUCAUAAUGAGAGUUUUGCACUAGAUUAAGUUCUAAACAAUUCAGAAUCCGGACAUAAAAGCUUGAUUUUGCCACAAGUUGUCGUAAACACCUUGGGAAUGGAUUUGAAUGCUGACGCCAGCAUUCCCACUGCUGCCCCUGGUGCAGAAGAGGAAGAACAUCAACAGAAACAAUCGGAGCAAGAGACCAGUCAGCAACCAGGCACAGAGUCAGACCUCACCGCCAUCUCCUCUCAGCCAAUAAAAAAUCAGCAGCAAGAUCCAAUCCCCGCAACAACACCUACUCCUGCUGUAGACUCCGCCCCCUCUCAGGAUGCCCCACGCCAAGAUCACCUGACAGUCAUUGACGAGAAGAUGGAAAUAAGUAAUGGUGUUUGCCCGGCUCCUAUCGACAGUUGUCCCACCGCUGCUUCUCCUCCUCGUCAACAGCAUUUCAAACCCAACCACGCACAUGCAAACGGGCGCGCCAGGUUGAGCAGCCGCUCGGGGUCACUGAGUUACGCGGGGUCACCUCGGCCAUCGCUCACCCGUCAGCCCAGCGCAGCCACUGAUGCUGGAGGAGACGGAUCCAAACCCAACGACUAUCUCAUAUGGGCUAUUCUGGCCUGCCUCUGCCCUGUCUGGCCCAUCAACAUCGUCGGCUUGACCUUUUCAGUGAUGUCUCGUAACAGUCUGCAGCAGGGCAACGUGGAUGGCGCACGCCGUCUUGGCCGGAAUGCAAAGGUCCUGUCCAUCGUUUCGCUGGUGGGUGGGAUUGUCAUCAUUAUUGUUACUAUCGUCAUCAACUGGGGUGUCAUACUUAAGACCUGACGGCCAUCACAGCACUCAGGAUGAAGAAAAACUCACGAUUAAACUUCACACAGAAACAACCAGUACAUGAUGACCAUUUUCUUCUUCCAUGCGUCAGUCAUCUUUCUACAUCUGAAUGCGUUUUCACCUGUUUUAUACUCUGUCUGAAGACUCUAAGCUGGAUGUUACCUUUAUCUUCUACCAUGCCAGAACUUUCAGAAACAACACUCUCAGCUGGAUCACGAGUGAAGUGGCAAGGCAUGCAUAUUUUUUUUUUUUAUUUUCAACAAAGGACUCCUCGUUUUAGAUGAUGUCAGUAAGGAGAUCGCAAAGAUGAUCUCAUUUCAUUCGCUCUGCACCCCUUGAGGAUUUGAGGGAGGAAAAGAAUCAGAGGGAAUUGCUGGAGAGGAUUUGUUUUUUGUUUUUUGGACAACAAUUAGAAGUCUUUUAGGCUUACUACACCUUGUUUACUAAGUAUGAAUCCAGAAAGAGAAGCUCAGAUUAAAAUUGAUUGUAUAAAUCAGCAGAUGCCUUUUGUAUUGGCAUCCAUCAACAGAUUUUUUUUUUUAUCAGACAUCAUGGUUGUCUCAAAGGAAAGGAAUGAAACGAUGUGGAAGAACAACACAGUCGCAUAUUUAUCUCUUUCUGUUCUUAAUAUUCACACACAAAACAGGUUGCAGGUUAAUGCACAAACAAAAAAAAUGAAUCAGAAAAUCCUACUGAGAGAGAAGGAGGGAGAGGUGAAGAGAAAGUGGGAGGGAUCAAGACCAAGCUGCAGUCUUUUGUUUCCCACAGAUGGAAGGAUGGAGGGAGAAGAGAGGAGGGGGGUGGUGGCUUCAGAUAAAAGAUACCCCAGAGAUGGGGAGAUGUAGGGAAUGCAGUAGUGCUGAGAGGGAUGCUAGCCGCCUCUGAUUGGCUGAUUGUGUGUGUGUGUGUGUGUAAGCCAAUAUCGUAACGCUCGCCAACAUGCCCUCCCCUCUUCCUUACAGCUAUACUUGGCCAGAUCAUUCAAGGCAAACAGAAAGCAAAGCAUUGAUUUAUUAUUGUGUUUUAUCAGUAUGAGGCAGAAAUGAUGAUACUCAUGUUUUUACAUCGUAAUGUUUACAAUAGAAUCAGACUCUUUAAGCACAUUCAGCAGAAAUGCUAGGACAUUUGGAUUAUGACGAAUCGUUUUACACAGCCCAAAACUGUUUGCUUGGUGGAAUGAUUUGUUUUGCUCAACAUAAUGAAACCUGAUUCAUUCCUAGUUAUCCCACACUGACCGUGCCAAAAUUCCGAUGCUGUCAAGACUCCAGCUUAGGUGGGCAUGUGGGAAAUAAGAGCAUGAAUGCAUUUUUAAGAAGGCAUUUAUAUGCAGGGAUGCACCGAUAUUAAAAUGUUAGAACAUACCGAUAAUCUGAUAAGUGGCCGAUAGUUGAUGUGGCUAAUUUAUCGAAAUAACUAAAUAAAGAAUAAAACGCUAAAAAUACAUUUAGGCUCAACAAAAAAAUGUGCUUAAAUGAAUACUCAAGUUUACAUAUUGGAAAUGUUAUUUAAUUAUUAUUGUUUUUAAAGAUUAACUUUAAGUGGGAUAAGCAAGGUUAGUCUAAAACUGACUAAUAAAAUAAUUUUAAAACAGAGGAAAUGAGCAUGCACAAUUAAAUACUUAAUAUCAGGCAACAAAUUUCCAAUAUUGACUGACCGAUUAAAUACAACGACUGAUAAAUUAAAUAUAAAAACCGAGGGAAUGAGCAUUAAAAUUCCAAAUCAUCCAAAUAAAAAGAUUGACUGAUCAAUGUAAAUACUACCAAAUGAUAAAAAAUAUGAUACCCAAUUAUAGUGCAUCCCUACAUAUUUGGAGUUCUUUUACAGAUGAUAUCCCAAAUCCCUCAUUUUCAUGGCUGCAGGUCUCUUGCAUGCAGAAUGCGAUUAUGUUUCAUGGAUGUCAACAGCUUUUUGAUAGAUAUGAGGAGCGCUUGUUAAGACUCUGAAAUCAAGUAUUACUAUUUGUUUACAAGACAAUGCUAGCACUUUGUAAAUGUUCUGUAUCUAAUGCAAAUUAUUUAGUAUCAAAAUCAGUAUGAUGUCGAUAAUCAUGCUGACUCAGUUUUGGGUAGUGAGAGGCCCCCAUUUUGGGGUCUUGCAGUGGGCUAGGCUUGCGUCAACAGAACCAGCUACAGUUGUCUGUUUGAUACAUUUCCAUUUGCGGCCACUUCACAUCCACACCACUCAAAUAGGAAUGACCUUAGCAUGCCCAUUUGAUCCAACUGCGUGCAGUCAGUGAAUGCCAGCUUGACUUUUCUUCUCUUGAAUUGUUCUGCUCAGCUAUUUGUAUUUAACCCGCUUCUAAUUCAUGCUUGUAUAUAUAUAUAUGUAUAUGUAUAUAUGUGUCUGUACAUAUUUGUACCGCUUCCAAUUGCAUCUGGUAAUCUGAAUCUCUUUGAUGGACAUGAACAGUGUUCGUAAUGCAACUCUUGACUGUUAACACUGCAGUGCUUUCACAAAUUUUUUCACUCUUGAGUAUUUUUAUUGGUAUGUAUUUUGAAAUCAGCCCAUUUGUUUUCUAUGCCAUUUGUGCUUUGCUGAAACUUUGACCUUAUUCAAGCAUGUUUGCUUACUGAUAACAGAUUGCCUGUGCUGCAUAAUAUAAUUCUGAAGACAACAGCCGAGUCCAAUUCUCUAGGUUACAAGUCCUACCUGCUGUUCUGUUUUUUUGGUGUGAAGAAUAAAUCCGUUAUUUUUGUUUAUUAAACAUUCCCUUACAAAUUCAUCAGCAUUUUGGUGAAAGCACCCGUGCUACUCAAGAUUCCUCUGUGACAUGAAAUGAUUUGAGAGGCAUUAUGAUAACUCUUGUUGCUAAUAUAAUCCUGAUUUUGUGCAGAUUUGCCUGUGCAUGCCUUAAUGAAUUGCUCUGGAACAAUAAUAUGUGAUGUACGCUGUAUCUGAACUUGCAGUAUUGAUCCUUAUUCUGCUCUGUACCAACACUGAUUAUGCAUCAAUGAGUCCAGUGAAUAAACUGUCCCUCAUUAUGCCA